CGAGAUUUGGUUGAGUGUUUGGAAAGCCUGCUAGAUUUGAUCGAAUUUUGAAACAUAGGCGAUUCGUACAAAUAAAAUUUGUUUUUGGGAAAGUAUAAAAAAAUCAACGCUCAGGUUUAAACAUUUUUAUAACGUUUUAUUUUAUAAUUAAUACAAGAACAAAUCUGCCACAAUGUCUGACCGCAAGGCAGUAAUUAAAAAUGCUGAUAUGAGUGAAGAAAUGCAGCAAGACGCUGUUGACUGCGCUACUCAAGCACUUGAAAAAUAUAAUAUUGAAAAGGAUAUUGCUGCGUACAUAAAGAAGGAAUUUGACAAAAAAUACAACCCAACAUGGCAUUGUAUCGUUGGAAGGAAUUUUGGAUCCUAUGUUACUCACGAAACACGCCACUUCAUCUAUUUUUACCUUGGACAAGUUGCUAUCCUCCUAUUUAAGAGCGGUUAAAUAAAUUAAAGAAAAAUUACUACCCAAAAUCAAAAUGCUCACUUACUUAAAUUCAGAUCAUAAAUUACAAUAUCUAUGUAUCAAAAUUUGUUACCAAAUAACCACUUUUGCUUUCAUAACUUUAACAUAGCAUGUAUUACAGUUAACCUUUCCAUAGAUUGGGCACAAAGUAUAUCAAAGUA